AUGACACAAUCUAAAAUGAACUUUAAAACUAUAGAUGGUCAGAAAGAAGAUAAUGAAUUAGAUAAUUUUGCAACAGGGGCAGCUCUGACGAACGUCUUCGGCACUGGCAAGCUCCCCGCCAUCGACCCCACCAAGGACUACUCCCACAACCUCGCCACCCUCCUCGGCUUUGGGGAAAACCCCGCCUUCGUCGAGCUCCUCCGCCUCUACAUCACCAUCCACAGUGAUCACGAAGGUGGCAACGUCUCCGCCCACACCGGCAAGCUCGUCGGCUCUGCCCUCUCCGACCCCUUCCUCGCCUAUGCCGCCGCUCUCAACGGUCUCGCCGGCCCCCUCCACGGCCUUGCCAACCAGGAAGUUCUCGUCUGGCUCCGCAAGAUGCAGGCCAAGAUCGGCGACUCUCCCACCGACGAAGCCGUCAAGGAGUACAUCUGGUCCACCCUCAAGGCCGGCCAGGUCGUCCCCGGCUACGGCCACGCCGUCCUCCGCAAGACCGACCCCCGCUACACCGCUCAACGCGAGUUUGCUCUCAAGCACCUCCCCGACGACAAGAUGUUCAAGCUUGUUGGCCAGAUCUACAACCUUGUUCCUGAUAUCCUCCUUGAGGCUGGCAAGGCUAAGAACCCCUGGCCUAACGUCGAUGCUCACUCUGGUGUCCUCCUUACUCACUACGGCAUGGACCAGAUGCAGUUCUACACUGUCCUCUUUGGUGUCUCCCGUGCCUUCGGUGUUGCCGCUCAGCUCAUCUGGGACCGUGCUCUCGGUGCUCCUCUCGAGCGACCCAAGUCCUACUCCACCGCCGCCAUCCAAAAGAUGUUCGCCAACAAGGAUUAAGUUCCCUAGUCUUUGCUAACCGAGACUCGUUGGAGAAGGGGUGACCGACCACAUCUAUCACACAUCUACUUAGACCCUCCGUAGACAUUUAAUUUCCACACGUUAUAAUCUCUCAUAUGCCCCAGGCUACGGCAAUAUGCUUUAUCUUACGACCUUUCAUGAAAUAAGAUAAAGAUUUGCUAUGCUGUCC